AUGGCAUUCACCAUGAACAAGUUCCUUGCCCUGCUGGCUAUUUGGUUCUUGAUAGUGGGAACUGUCGUUGGUGAUUCUAUGAAGGAGCUUGACAAUGACAGAGAUGUUCUGGAGCGUGCUGUUUAUCUUGAAUCUGGACUUCUUCCUCGUGACGGAUCUCUCACCGUCACCGUCACCGAUACUGUUUGUGCCACUCGGGAUACUGGAGUUCCUACCACUUUGAUUACCGCUCCACAUGCCCCGACUGCGACUCUCACUUCGGUGAAUCCGCCUGCCUUGACUACCCCCUGUCCCCCGGAGUCUAAGGGUGACCAUACCACUGCAACUGCUCGUCCUGAGCCUUCGUCUAUGUCGAUUCCCGAGCACCUCACCGGUAUUUCUGUCCCUGUCAUCUCGACGAGCACAGUUGUGUCCUCGGGUGCGCACCCGAGUACUCAUGUGGGCUCUCAGACCACCGGCCCUACUCUUCCAUCGAGCUCGCCUGCGACUUCGGCCGGACACCCAGGCAGUCACUCUGCUAGCACCCAGACCACGGGAUCGGCUAGCUCUGGCACGGCACCCAGUAGCUCCCAUUCUUCCACUGCACCUCCCCUCUCAAACGAUGCAUUUGCCCAGGGAGGAAUGCAAGGUGCGCUGGUGGCCCUUGCCUUGACAUUCGUUGGGUUCCUGGCGGUUUAA